UCUAGUCUAUUGCUUACCAAAGGUAUAUUAAAGAUGACGACCGUCUCCAGCCUUCGCCCAGAUCAGAAGAACUUGACCCUCACUGUCAAGGUUUUGGAUGCAACCACCGUGCUGACCCGACAGCGUGGGCCUAAGGCGCCUGCGGUCAAGGUCGCUGAGUGCCUAGUUGCAGACAGCACUGGUGUUAUUGUCUUUGUGGCAAGAAACGAUCAAGUUGACUUGGCACAAAAAGGCGCAACGAUCACGCUCAAAGGCGCCAAAAUCGACAUGUUCCGUGGCUCAAUGCGGUUGUCAGUGGACGCGACGGGUUCAGUGGAGGCCGGUGGCGAUCUGCAAGAGCCCGUGAACACGACCAACAACAUGUCCCUAUUAGAGUUCGAGCUGGUUACCGUCGGCGCCUGAGGGACCCGGCGUGGUUGGGGGCGGGCGUGUGCUUGACUUGGGUAUGGGUGUGCCCUCUGUGCACGGGUACGCCUAUGCUCCCGAGCAGCUUUUCGAGUGCUGACUGUACAAAGGGGAGUGUCAUGUUUAGACACGAAUCGGGUCGAAGUGGGUUGCCUGUCUAUAUGUCGUAACUGGUGAUAAAUUGGUGAUGUUGGGUACUGGUAGGUAGAGUGUUAAGACCAUGGCUGAGAUAGUCUCAGGGUUUGUGCAUUCCGUGUGGCAUGCACUGGGUAUGCCGGUGUUAGUGCCAUUUGCUACAACUGGGCGCUGUGGAAGAGAUCUUUGGCGAGCUAGCAGAUGAUGGCUACCUUUUUGGGAAGUCUCCAGAGCAUAACGGAGCAAACUAAGUGUCGGUAUUGUUGCAGGAUGCAAAGGCGUUCCGAGAGUCCAUUACACUCAAACCAUACGGGCCUCCCACCAUCCGGCAAAGGCUCAAUAACCAGGAGCCAUGUAACGUGCAAUCAUGAUGCAAAGAA